GGCGACCAAUCAGCGCGGGGGGGGGCGUGGCCAGCUCGGCCCAUGGUACUUCCGGCAACAGCCCAGGCCCGGGCCGAGCGCCGGGCGGGGAGCGGCGGGGACGGAGGGAGCGGCGGCGGCGGGAGAGAAACCAUGCCAUUUUUGGGCCAAGACUGGAGAUCCCCUGGAUGGAGAUGGGUUAAAACAGAAGAUGGAUGGAAAAGAUGUGAAACCUUUAGUCAUGCACUUGAGGAUGGGAAUAAUCAGCUGAAUGAUAUCAGCCACACUGUUAUCAUAACUGGAGAUGAUGAGAAUGAAGAAGUGUACAAUACUGAAGACUGUGAGUUUGCAGCCAAGAAAAGGAAAAAAGAUCAUUUUAGGAAUAACACAGAUUCACAAUGUUUUUAUCGUGAAAAGUGGAUUUAUGUUCAUAAGGAAAGCACCAAGGAAAGACAUGGCUAUUGCACCUUGGGGGAAGCCUUUAACCGCUUAGACUUUUCAAGUGCGAUUCAGGACAUUAGGAGGUUCAAUUACGUGGUCAAACUGUUGCAGUUAAUUGCAAAAUCCCAGUUAACUUCACUGAGUGGUGCAGCACAGAAGAACUACUUUAACAUUUUGGACAAAAUUGUGCAGAAGGUUAUGGAAGACCAAUAUAAUCCACGAUUGAUCAAAGAUCUUCUACAGGAUCUGAGUUCUACUCUCUGUAUACUGAUUAGGGGAGUAGGAAAAUCUGUGUUGGUAGGCAACAUCAAUAUUUGGAUUUGCCGAUUAGAAACUAUCCUUCUGUGGCAACAACAAUUAAAAAAUCUUCAGAUGAACAAGCAAGUCAACAAUGGACUCACACUUAGCGAUCUCCCUCUCCAUAUGCUGAAUAACAUCUUAUACAGGUUCUCUGAUGGCUGGGACAUUAUUACUUUGGGUCAAGUGACCCCAACUUUGUACAUGCUUAGUGAAGACAGACAGUUGUGGAAAAAACUCUGCCAGUACCAUUUUGCAGAAAAGCAGUUUUGUAGGCAUUUGAUUCCAUCAGAGAAAGGUCACAUUGACUGGAAGCUGAUGUACUUUGCACUUCAGAAAUAUUACCCAAUAAAGGAGCAGUACGGGGACACCUUGCACUUCUGUCGACACUGUAGUAUUCUGUUUUGGAAGCUGGAAGAUCAGAUAUGGGUACUGUCAAGUGGACAACAAAGAGCAAGAAAUGUUUGAGAAAUCUUAGAAAAUACUCAUAUUACUCAUAUUCUAAAUAACAUAAAUUAGUUGCUCUUGUGUCAUCUUUCUGUGAUUUUUAUGAGAAGUUGUAUGUCAGUGUGAGGCCUUUUAAUUUUCCUUCAAAAAACCUAGGCUGUUUAGCAGAAUAAGCGAAAUCCUGCUAGAAAUAGCAUGUUCCUUAAUGAUGUGAUCUUGAAGUUGAGUAUUUUUGAUACCAUGGGAGCCCUUCCAGGUAGUAAGGUUUUGCAAAAUUAAUAGUAGGGAAGCAGGUAGCCAGAAUUGGCUUCUACUGUGAAAAGCCUGGGCAUUUUCUGAAGGAUCUGUAUCAAGAAUGACUAAGAACUUUCAUUACAGUAGAAUAAGUCUUUAGCAUGUAGCUCAAUAUGUAGGGUAAAGCCUCUCUCUGAAAGGGGAAGUUUCAAAGGUGCAUUUAGAUGGGCGUUUGUGGUACGAGAUUUCUCUGGAUUGCCUGCCAUCACUGUGUAGAGUUAAUGCUCUCUACACUAAAUGGCUCUCAUUUUGAUCUUAGUAUAAUUAAAAAGUACAAAUGUCUAAUAUUAGGAAUUACUCUGAAUGUGUUUGGAAUUAAAUGUUAAACUCUGGAGAUGGUGGGACAGUAAGAGGCAGUGAGCCUGUGCAGGUUGCAGUAGUAUUCCAGUAGGAGGUUAUAGCAGUCAAGGUGACAAGACAGCUGUUCGAACCUACUGCUGAGUAAUAGGGCUCAUUCUGGACUUUUAAAUUCUUUGAAACACAGCACAGGAAGUUUAUAAAGGUACUUUGGACUGAUGAGCAGUACCUCCUAGAUCACCAUUCCAGUGCUGCCUCAUCCUAGAAAUUUGGGCAGGUCUUAAAGUGACAGUGCAGUUAUAGAUUGGUUGUGUGCUUCUGCACAAAAAUACUGGAGCAGGUGUUUGGGAUCAGCUGUUUCAACAAGAGCACAGUCAGCAGAUUGAGGAAAGCCAUUAUCCCUUUUCAUGCAGCACUCGUUAGACCAUCUGGGAUGCUGCAGCCAUGAGGCCCCCAGCACAGGGGAGGUACUGAUAAGCUGGGUGAAGUUCAGGUGAGGGUGAUAUAAUCAGGGAGGCUGGAGGACUUGCCAUGUGAGGAGUGGCGGAGAAGAUUGCUUCAGGGGGACACAUGAGCCUGCCACGAGGACAGCCAAGCAAGGGAACAGUUUGACCAUAGAGCUGAUGAAGUUUCCAUCCUUGGAUGUGAUCAGGAACUGAUUGGAUGAAGCUCAGAGCAAACUGUUCUGAUCUCACAGCUUAGCCUGCUUUGAGCAGGAGGCUGGGCUAGAGGUGCCUAGAGGCUGCUGAGGUGCCUCUCAGCCUCAUCAUUCUGUGAGCCGACAUUGCAGUAUUCCUUCUCUAGCCUUGGUGACUAAGCCUUGUCUCUGUCUUAAAAUAAAUGAUGAUCAGGCAGAAUUGGAUUGUUAAAUUAAUUCAUUUAUGCAUAAUUGGCACCCUUAUUGGCAGGGACAUCUGAAAUACUGUCCCUCUUUUUUCAGGGCAGUGUGGGUCAAGUAGUGCUGUCACUCAGUUAUAUGGGGAAAAAAAUAGUGCUGCCUUUUUUUUCAGACACUUGUGUCUGUAUCCUUUCCCAAGCUUGCUAAAGAGAGGUGAGAAAUAAAGCAGGGGUGAGGGGCAAAGGGACAGGAGCUACUUUAUUAAUUCUAGAUAAAUCCUGUUCUAGGUGAAAGUAUUCCUUAAUCAGAACUUCUGAUUGUUGUCAGGCUUUGAAAAUGUAUUCAAGCUUCAGUAUUAUCCUUGAUUAGAAAAAUUCUUAAACUAAAUGUGUGAGUACUUGGCAUACAAUUAUAUCUGUAAUGCAUAGGAAGAAAAAUCGAAAAUAAACAAAGCAAAAAAAACAACAAAAACACUACCACCAAAUCCAAAUUCUAAAAGAGAAAUCACAAUUACUACAGAGGAAAAGUAACAAGUGUUUGAAUCUUGAAACAAAUGGAAGCACUGUAGUCUUGAGAAAGCUGAUAACAUGUAAAAAUUUUGUUCCUUUGUUUAAUGGUACAAUUCAGAAGUCAGGCAACUUUUGUUUCCAAGGUAUUCAGAAGAACUUCAGGCAGAGCUGAACACUUCUUCAUAAGGCAUCUAUUUUUAUUUUUCUUCUUUCAUUAAACAUGGGAAUAGUUGCAGAGAAAAAAGUGCUAAAGCAAUCAGGGCAUGAAGAAGACUAGGAGUGAUUAAUUUAUCUUAACUCAGUUAUGCUAACAAGGAACUGACUGCUCUCCAUAAAUUCUUUUUGGAAACAGAGAAUGGAAAUUAUUUACACUAAGGGACAUCCUUGAUGCAAGUAAAUUGUAGUUUUGGGUAAGCAUGCUGAGAAUUAGGAGUUUCUAAGAAUCAAAGCCACAAGGGUCUGAUACAGCCCAAAAGCACAGGACUAGCUAGUGAUGAGAAGAAUUUUAUGAAAUUGAUAAUAUAAUGUAAUUGCUGACAAUGUGAAAGAGCUACUCAAAGAAAAUUCUUGGAGCCCUCUGUUUUGUGUUCUUUUCAAAGAAGGCCUUGCAAAAGCAGGAACUGAUGGCCACUGAAUUGAAUUAUCUAUUGAACUGUUGAAGUAGGGAAAUUACUUUUCACUUUUUCAGUAUACUAUAAUAAUCAUAAUGGGUUUUUAACAAAUGUUUAAGAUUUUUUCAGGAAGAGGCAUUUGUAUUCCUUGUCUAAAACCUGUAACCGAAGUCAAUUUAUAUAUAGCACAUAGGAGUCUCCUAAGUUCUUUGUUGGAAGUACAGUGACUUUUGAACUCUUCUGUGUUAGGAGGGAGUCAUAGGAAAAUUUUCAUACUGAACAUCUCUUUUCAAAAUAACUUCUUGCUAAAGGAUUUGUCCAUGAUGAAACUGAAAAAAAACACAUAAUUUCAGUAAUGCAAAAGAAAUGACUAAUUAUUGUGCUAUGUCUCUGUGAGUGCUUUCAUGUACACUAUUGCCUCUGUUCCAAUAGGCACCACUGCAGUUGUGGCAGGCUCUUUUAUUUUCCUGAGCUUAUUUAGUAGCACUUUUAGGUUAUAUCAGACAUGGCCACAG